AUGUUGAUCGAGCAGCGUCUCGCUGAACUCCACGCAAAUCUGCUUCUGAUUCCUAUGUUUCUGAUUCAUGAAUUCAUUACCAACCCGAUCGACAAUUUUGUAUGGCCUUUUCCAAUCAACGCGUCACACGGCAAUUUUCAUACUAAUGAUAUUUCCGUAAGCAGUGAUUCUUCGUUGCUAAGACAAUUUUAUCCAACAAAUGGAAAUUUAAUUGCGAAAACGCAUGGAAUUGAUCAUGGCGGCGUUGUGGAGGCAGUUCCGGGCGAAUCGCCUGACCAGAGCGAAUAUCAAAAACGGCAACCCAUGACGGUUUACAAAGUUUUUACCUCAAAAUUGCCUUCUUUUGUUCUCGAAAAUAGACGGGACUGUGGCGGAUGCAGCACGUACGAAGCCAGUUUUCUUGUCAGCCCUAACCACCAUCGAAGAGGUGUCGGAGGAGCAAGAAAAGCAGAGGAAUGGAGGGACGAUGAUUUUGACGAUGAGGAGGAGGAAGCUGAUGUUGAUGAGGCGGGGAAUGAGGAACGAGAGCAGGAGAAGGAGCAUAACAAAGAGGUCUUUGUACAGGGACAGAACAAGGAGAGGCAAGAGGAGGAUGAGGAGGAGGAUGAGGAGGAGGAGGACCAAGAACGGAACGGGCAGAACAAAGCAAAAUAUGCGGCGGAGGAGGAAGGUGAUGGUGAUGAUGAUGAUGAUGGUGGAGAACAGGGAAGGGAGCAGAAGAGGGAGGAUAACAAAGAAAGUAAAGAGGAUUUGGAAAAUCAAGAGUAUGAGCAAGAGCAGACUGUAGCCAACGAUGGAAAUGAUCAGGGCGCUGAGCAAGAACAGCCUAAAUUGACUACUGUGCAUUUACCUGCUGGAAAUUUUACUCGAGGGAAACAAAUUUAG